AUUCAGUCUUUGACUUUUGUUUAACUAACUGAAACCAUCCUCCUCAAAAAAUGGCUUACAAGAUUGUCUUCGCUUUGGCUCUGAUCGGUGUGGCUAAUGCUGCUGUCCUCCGCACCAUUGCCCCCGCUCCUUUGGCAGUGGCACCUGCACCUGUUCUGGCCAAGACCGUCGAAUUGGAAGAGGUGGAUCCCCAUCCCCAGUACUCGUACAGCUAUGGCGUGCAGGACGCUCUCUCCGGGGACAACAAGGGCCAUGUGGAGGAACGCGAUGGUGAUGUGGUUCGCGGCGAAUACUCAUUGAUCGAUGCCGAUGGCUUCAAGCGCACCGUUACCUACACCGCCGAUCCCCUGAACGGUUUCAAUGCUGUCGUCCGCCGCGAACCAAUUGUCGCCGUGGCUGAACCUUUGAUAAAGGCUGCUCCAGCUGCCGUUGCUGUCGCUGCUCCUGCUCCAAUUAUCAAGGCUGCUCCUUUGGCCGUUGCUGCUCCAAUUGUUCGCCAAUCUGCCCCUCUUGCAUUGGCCACUCCCGUCGUUAGAUCUGCUCCCUUGGCAUUGUCAGCUCCCAUUGUCCGUUCUGCACCUCUGGCAGUGGCAUCUCCAAUCCUACGUACCCCCUUCAGAUACACAGCAGCUCCCGCUUAUACUGUUGCCAAUUUGUAAAUUGUU